AUGCCGGCAAUCAACAGCAACGAAUACCAUGACUUCAUCCAGAAGGUCCAGCCGCCUGUAAUGCCGUCUACACGUUCCCAUGACCCCGAAAACAACCAGAAGCGCGCCGAUCCGUUCCAAUUCGGCUCUCGAUUCCUAGAAGAAGGAGAUAAUGUCUACGAGUUCAAUGCAUGGGACCACGUCGAACCAGAUGACGAGUUCAAAGCCUUCGCCGAACAACAAUACGAGAAGCAGCGCGCCUCACGAGUAUCCGAUUUCGACCGCAACCGUUUCAACAAUGACCCCGCCAAGUGGUGGAAUCUCUUCUACAAAAAUAACACCGACAAUUUCUUCAAGGAUCGCAAGUGGCUGCAACAGGAGUUCCCCAUUUUGGCGGAGGUGAUAAAGAAGGACGCUGGACCCCAGGUUGUGUUGGAAGUUGGUGCUGGUGCCGGUAACACGGCAUUUCCUCUGGUUCGCAACAAUGAGAACGAGGAGUUGAAGGUGCAUGCGUGCGAUUUCUCCAAGUAUGCUGUGCAGGUUAUGCGCGAGAGCGAUCAGUACAAUGAGAAGCACAUGGUUGCUGAUGUGUGGGAUGCAGCCGCUGAAGCUACCGAGGAGGCUGACUCGCUCCCACCCGGAUUGACUGAGGGUUCUGUCGAUGUUGUUAUUUUGAUUUUCAUUUUCUCAGCCCUUAACCCCAACCAGUGGGAUAAGGCGCUGCGCAAUAUCUACCGUCUUUUGAAGCCCGGUGGUACAGUUUUGUUCCGUGAUUAUGGCCGCGGAGACCUUGCGCAGGUGCGAUUCAAGAAGGGUCGCUACAUGGAGGAGAACUUCUAUGUUCGUGGUGAUGGAACCCGAGUGUACUUCUUUGAUCAUGAUGAGUUGAUCCAGAUGUGGGGUGGGUGGACACCAGAGAAGGGAAUGCAGAUUGAUUUGGAGAACCCCGUUUCUGAGGCGCAGCUUGCCGAGUCCGGGAACCCAUUCAAGGUUAUGCAUAUGGGAGCUGAUAGGCGUCUUAUUGUGAACCGCUCCUCCAAAUUGAAAAUGUACCGCUGCUGGAUGCAAGGUCUUUUCCGGAAACAUGGUGGCCCUGAGCCCGAGCCCAAGGCCGAGAUCGAGACCGAGAAUACCGAGUGA